UCGGUUGUUCGAUUUGUCCGGUUUACUUUAAAAAGUGUUUGAAGAAUUUUAUUUUUGAAUUUCGAACUGAUUGUGAAAACUUUGGAAUAAAUUAAAUUUUAUUUUUAAAUUUUAUAAAAAAGACACGUGUUGAUAUGUGCGUUGUGCGACAGUUGGAUUUUAAAAGUGACAUCUUGAAGAUCCUUUUGUGUAGGGAUAUCCUUUGAAAAAGGACACAAGCGGUACAAAAUGCUGAAGUGGGCAGUAUACAAAAAGAAUCAGGAUGGUCAAACGAUUAUUCCGCAAACAGAAGUCAAAAAUCCUAAUUCAAAUGAACGUUUCAAUGAAAGGGCUCGUAGAUCAUUAGAUGCUCAAGUGGUGAAGAAAUGUAAGAAACCAAGUCGUUAUCAAAGAAGAUCUAUGGGAGCAACUGGCAGAAAAAAUACCAAUAAAUGUAUAGACAAAGAAAACAUAAAUUGUAUUGGCAAUACUCCUAAUUACUAUAAACCAGGCUUUAUUAAGAAUACCGAAAAUAUUGCCUUGAAAGAUGUUAGCAACAUAACACCUACCUCUGUCACCCCAGUAAAGAAAUUUGAUCAAAUCAAAUUUUAUGAGGAUAACCAAAAAGAUGAACUAUUCCCUGAAUUGCCACCGACUCCUCCGUCAUACAGCAGAAGAGUUAGAGAAGCAAAGAAGAGGAAAUUAGAAAUGAGUAGCUUGAACAAUAGCGAAACUUUUACAAGAAACCUUAGCGCUUAUAAAUCUGAAAGAAGAAUUAAUAAUAUUGAUAGAAGUCUCUUAUGUUCACAAAGACUAAGUCAUAGCAUCUCGGAGCCAUCUUUAAACAAUCUCACGGACAGACUUAGUGCGACAACGGCCAGUAGUAGAAACUCUCUCAAUUUAGAAAAGUAUUCAAGUAAAAAUAAACAUGUAUGUACAACUAAAUCAAUGAAUCAUGAUAUAGUUGAAAUAGAAUACGAUGAAAAUCUAGUUAUAAACUGUUUAGAAAAGCCAUUAGUCGUCGAUAAACAUGAAAUAGAAAAAUCUACAUUACCUAUCUUUGGUCACAACAUAUUUAUGGACAAUCCUGUAUAUUUAAAAAAGAAUGAAGAUAUGCCAAUUAGUAUAAGACCUUUGAAAAGAACUAGGAAAAAAUCAAAUGACUUUGAAAGUUCUUUUAAAUCUCCAUGUAUGGAUAAAAAGGAUACACAUGCUCUUGUUAGAGAUGGAUGUUCGCCAAUAUCAAUGACACCGUUGUCUUUAAAAUUAGAAGCACUAAGAUUUAGUGCAAUGAGUACACAUGAAAUAAAUCUAACUAAAAAGGCAACUCCUGUAAGCGAGGUAACUCAAUACUUUCCCAAAAUUGAAAACCCUUUCAACUUAAUCUUAAAAGAUGAAGAAACCUCCACAGAAAUGGAAAAUAAAUUUAUAUUAGGAAAAGAUUCUUUGACAAAUGCAUCUGAGUCUACAGUAUCGACUACUCAAAUGGGUGAUGUAACACUUGAAAGAAUGAUAGAAGACAUUAUCAAAAGUACAAAGAUUGUCAAAUCUAAACGAAGAAUAUUAAAAAAUAUUCCCGAUCCAAAGUUGACUGUGGAAGAAGAAAAACCUCCUUUAGACACUGUCAAAGAUUUAUUUGUACGACCACAAACAGAACAUAAAUCAAAUUUAAUUAAAGAGGCUAAAUACGUAAAUUUAUCACGAGAAAGUUCGGUAUCGCCUAAAAAUAGUCCAACAAAGAAGAUGUUGCCUGUUCAUAAAGUCAAUGAUAAAUUACUAAAAAACGUACCGAUAGGUUGUUUUCUAUUAGACGAUGGAGAUGGGUAUAACGAAAGAGAAGUUCGUACACCUAGCAAACUGAAUGAUGACAUAGAAUUAGAACAAAAUAGGAAUAUAAAUAAACCCUUACACAGGUCAUAUUCUUUAAGUGCAUGUAGUAGUAGAAGUAAUAUGCAUUACACGCUAUCAGAAUCUACUCCAGAUUUACAUACUUCAAAUGGGAACGUUCGUUUAAGAAGACAAAGAUGUAUACGUAAAAAGAAAACUGCAAAAAGCAAUGAAAGUCUAUGUAAACAGCAAAUGGAUCCAAACUCCCCUAAACCUUCAUUACUACGUACUCUGGAAAUGGGCAUACCCAGCCCCGUAUUAGAAUUGCAAAACGUAUCGUUAUGCGAGCCUCUUAAUUCCCCUUUCCUGUUCCAGCCCAACGUAUACGAUGAUGAAAAUAUACAUAAUGCAUCAAUUCUAACAAAUGUUUCACACAGCAGUUUAAUGUCUUAUAAACCGAUUCAACAAAAUAUAAGAUCUAGAGAAUUAUUUGGUUUAACUUUAGAAAAUGGUAUACCCAGCCCUAUAACUCCAGCUGUAGGUGUUAAACGGCAAAGCAAUGUUCUCAGUGAAGAAAGGGCUAGUAAAACUAGUAAAUUAGACGAAGACAUAAUCACGAACGAUGCGUUAACUCCUGUAUUAGAAUAUAAGUCUACGAGACGAUGUCUGACGUAUUCUCUAGAGGAAAGUAGUAUUAAUAGUAGCGAAGAAAAACGAAGAAGCGUAGCUAGUAAUCGUUUAGAGCGUAGUACUGAUAGAUUUCAGACAUUAAAAGCAACUAUAGAUCUAGAAAUUAAAACUAGACACGACACAAUAGAUGUUCACGUUAUUCGAUGUCGAGAUCUUCAGCGACCAACAGGACAAACGGAAGAUAUUAAUGCUUAUGCAAAGGUUGUCAUAACUGAUGUGAAUGAGAGCCAGUCGCUACCGUCUCAGAGGUCAAUAUUCCAGCGCACUUCGGUUCUGUAUGGGAAACGAGAGCCAGAAUUCCAGCGACAUCUGAAGCUGCCUCUACCAACUGCUGUGUAUGAUUAUCAGAUGCUGCACGUCUCUGUCUGGCAUCGAGACAAGAAAUACAGGCGGAGCGAGUUUCUAGGAUGCGUCUCGUUCCCGCUAAAAGAUGCAAUUAAGAGUGACAUCAACGGCACAUACUUCCUGCAGUCGGGGCGGCAAGGCGCGCCUGACAGAUGCGCUAGGGACCGCGUGACCGACGAUCGUCGCAACAUGGCUACCGAUAAUACAGAGACAAGCACCAGUGAAGGCGCUAAAGAUAACCAAGAAAAAGCAGUUGCAGCGAAUGGUCCUGCAUCAGCGUCCGGCAGUCAAGCGCAGGCAGUAGCCGCGGCUCUGCAAAGAGAGGCAGACGAGCACCUCUUCCUGAGAUACCUCGAACUUGACCCACCUGAAGACCCGGCAGCGCCGCGAAGAGCGCAAAGGAACGGGAGGACUCCAUUCACAACCACAAGGAAAUUGGUCCGCGGCACAGGUGGUGGGUUUGGUUUCACUGUUGUGUGGACAAGACCACCUCGAGUGGAGCGCGUAGCGGCAGGUGGCGCUGCGGAGCGUGCUGGCCUCCGCGCCGGAGACUACAUCGUCUUCGUUGGCAACAAAAACGUCGUUACUACUAAUGAGGAGGACGUACGAAACCUUGUCAAAUCAGCGGGUCAAACGUUAACACUUGAAACGUUCAGAAGAGUACCACAGAAUGGCGUGGGAAUCCGACGACUGGCUCAAGUGUCGGCACCGCCGCCGGAAUCAACGCCGCCCCCUCCCCGCUCGCCUCGCGCUGUGGCAAUGACGUCCCCCGCGCCCGCACGACCACCUACCGCUUGCUCAUCUACCAGCCAGUCACUCGACAGACGCAAAUUGCACCUGCCUCAAGUCACCUUCUCCAAGGAGACACCAGGGGCAUCAACUGACGGCAGAAAGCGCGCGCUCCUCGCCGUGGUAGCGCGGGAGCAGCACUACGCGACAUGCCUCCAGUUUGGUCUGGUGAGGUUCGUCUCACCUCUCGCUGAGAGGGCUGACCUCAUCGCCCCCAGUGACCAUCAGCUACUGUUUCAGAAUAUUGAAGAGAUCUUCAGGUUGUCUGAAGAUAUUCUCGACCAAGUAGUGCAAGAUGACGGAGAAAUACAGACCUCAACGGUGGUUGCGGUAUACUUACAAAAGACCCCUGUGUUCCUUAGUCUCUAUAAGAAAUAUUGUUUAGGACUUAAACGAGCUGACUGUGUAUUGGUAAAAAAAUCAAAGGACCCAAGUGGGGCGUUUUCGCGCUUCUGUACCAGUCCUCCAAUACCAAGGAGAAGACCCGACAUCACGUCACUGGUGCACAAACCGCUGGAGCAGUUCAGGGAAUUAUUGAGACUCAUGCGCGCUGCCGCCAUCGGUAAUGGCGCCGGCCCUUACGAUCAACUGGAGAAAAAGCAAUUACAAGUCAUCGUUGAACAAUUGCAGAGUAGUUAUCAAGAUGUCACCGCUGGUUCCGGGUUAAUGGGAUUAGCUGGUGAUGGCAAACCUUUACUGUCUGUUGCUGAUCUGGAGAGUAGACUGGUGUUCACUAGGUGUAAGCCCUUCGUGUUAAGCACUGCAGGUAGGCAGUGGAUAUUUGGCGGUGAGCUGUCCAGGGUAGAAGGUAGAGCGGUCAGACCGUACUGGGCGCUCCUGUUUAGCGAUCUUCUUCUGUUCGCCACCGUGUCAAGAGACCGAGUGCUUUUUGUCACCGAGGAGCCGGUCUCACUAGCAUCGGUAUCGGAAGCUCAAUUUAAUAUCAGGAAAAAAGCAACGGAAUUCCGCCUCAUACUUGGCCGUGCGGGCGGAGAAAGUCCAUUAGUGUCCUGCGCUCCCAGAACGCCCGGAAGAUCCCGUCCUAUUGUUCUACGCGCGCCGUCAAUAGACUUAAAAGCUGUCUGGCAAAGUCUACUUCAAAGGCAAAUUUAUCGAGCGCACACAAUGUCCGGGACUCCACUCGGAUCUCCGUUAGAUUCACCAGACCCACAGCUCACCUUCUCACUGGGGACCCUGGACUCUCAACAACGCCAGCAAACAAGACGUAGUUCUGCUGAAACACAAACGGGAGCACCGGGCAGUGCUGCAGACGGAGCUAGAAGUACCCGUAGUAGAGGAUCAACACUCCAUUUGCAAAGAUGGAUGACACAACUACCUGAAGCAGAGGAAUUAGAUCCACCAGAACCUGAUAUGGAGAUGUGGAGCAUAGAAGAAUUGAGAAAGAGAUCCAAAGAAUUAAAUUUAUUAGAAGUAGCCGAUAUUGUGGCAAAGAAUGAUGAAACAAAAGAAUCAUCGCCAGAAAAGAAGGAAAACGACAGAAGUCCUUCAAAAAGUAGUAAUUCUGACAGCCAAAUAACGGUACGAACUAGUCCUGUUGUGGUCGAUACGAUACCCGUAUGUAGACAGUGCCAUAAAAAAUGCCUAUCAAAACCAAAUAGUCCAUUAGUAUCACAAAAGGAACCACCAAUUACACCUAAGCCCAAAAUCGAAACAUGCUCCGAAAGUCGCCUUAAAAGUGAUUGA